GAUCGCCUUGUUAGGUCUGUUAUAACAUUUCCAACACCCCCGUCUGAAAGCAGGAGAGAGGGAAAGAGGGAGGCAGGGACAUACGAAAAGUGACUUUCCUCCCUAAAAUCAUUACAAUAAUGCCUGGCAUGUUGACUGAGAGAUUACAAUCGGAUCCUCGGAAAAACACGUAGCCAAGAUAAACUUCGUUUUCCACCAGAAUUCACAAACCAAACAGAAGAAGGAAAAUAGUUGAGGAAGACCCACAAUAUUUAAUUUAUUUAUUUUUUUUUUUUUUUUUUUUACUUUUCUCUUAAAGGAGCAGCUCUUUUUUGGAGGUUAAAUGGCAUACGAGAAGUCGCGUUGGUUUAACAUUUUGAGAGCUUUUGAAAAAAAGCAGUGAGAGACUGUAAAUAUACAGUAAAACAAAACUAAACAAACACUCUCUUUGAGUGCCUAAAAGCAACUACAUUUUUAAAUGUAACAUUUUCUAUGGGCUAUUUGUUUAUUAUUACAUUUUGAUUAUUAUUUAGAUAAACCGCAGUUUAAUGAUGUCAUAAAAAGAAACAAACACACAAACCAUAAAACAAUUGAACAAGUCAGUGGUUCUAUUCUGUUGGCUACCGAAUUAUGCUCAGAUAGAAAACCACUCUAUAGUGGAAUUAUUAAUUUAAGUCUUUAAAUUUACAUUCAGUUAGAAUUAGCGCAGUGAUAAAUAGAAGCCAUGAGUGGAGGGCGCUUUGAGUUCGAUGACGGCGGCGCUUACUGCGGGGGCUGGGAAGGGGGCAAAGCUCACGGACACGGUAUCUGCACCGGACCCAAGGGGCAAGGCGAGUUUUCCGGCUCCUGGAACUAUGGCUUUGAGGUAGUCGGGGUGUACACUUGGCCCAGUGGAAAUACUUACGAGGGCUAUUGGUCUCAGGGCAAGCGGCACGGCCUGGGUGUUGAGACAAAAGGACGGUGGGUUUAUAAAGGUGAAUGGACCCAUGGGUUUAAGGGAAGAUACGGAACCAGGCUAAGCCAAGGGAGUGGUGCUAAGUAUGAAGGAACUUGGAAUAACGGGCUGCAGGAUGGAUAUGGUACAGAGACGUAUGCAGAUGGAGGAACUUUUCAAGGCCAGUUCACCAGUGGGAUGCGUCAUGGCUACGGUGUCCGGCAGAGCGUUCCUUACGGGAUGGCGGCUGUGGUCCGCUCCCCUCUUCGCACCUCUCUCACCUCCCUGCGCAGUGAGCAAAGCAACGGCACCCUUCUGCAGCAGGACAUCCCUAUCAUCACCACGACCCCUGCCUCCCCCAGCCAGGACGCCCCCCCAGGCCCUGUCUAUGCGACCCCCACCCGUGGGGGAUUCGCCCUGACCCUCCACGUGGAUCCAGAGACCACCAAACCCAAGAAGAAGGGGCUUUUCCGGAGAGGCUCCCUGCUGGGGAAGCUGAAGAAAUCCGAGUCCAGGACCUCUCUCUCCAGCCAGAAGAGCAAAAUCAGCUUCCUAAAGAGCGAGUCUGGCCUCAGCUCUGCUGCCAGCGAUGCCAACUCCACUGUAAGCUUCGGGGAGGGGACAGAGGAAGGAGAAGACUUCCCACCUGUGGAGUCGGACAUCGACGCCACCACCACAGAGGUUUACGCUGGGGAGUGGAAGAAUGACAAGCGUUCAGGGUAUGGGAUCAGUGAGCGAUCCAGCGGGCUAAAGUACGAAGGGGAGUGGCUGGAUAACCAGAGGCAUGGAUACGGCUGCACAACACUCCCAGAAGGGAGGAAGGAAGAAGGCAAGUACAGGAAUAACAUGCUUGUGAAAGGGAUGAAGAAGAGGGUAAUACCCCUGAAGAGCACAAAGAUACGACAGAAGGUGGACAGGAGUGUGGAAGGAGCCCAGAGAGCAGCAGCUAUUGCCAAGCAGAAAGCAGAGAUUUCAGCCUCAAGGACAGCUCAUGCCAAAGCCAAGUCGGAAGCAGCAGAUCAGUCAGCCGUGGCUGCCAACAAUGAGUCGAGCAUCGCCAGGGUAGUUUCCAAAGAGCUGUCUCCAUCAUUCUACCAGCCAGGUCCUGAGUAUAUGAAGAGAAGAAUACUGCAGGAGAUUAUUGAGAACACAGGGAAUGUGGAGAAUCCCGAACAGGAGACACCGUCUGUAGAGGAGCCUCCACCUACCCCCCCAGACAGCCCGCAACUUCAUGAGAAGGACAGCAUCGAACGAGGCUCCCCUGCCCCCACCCCUUCACCCAGCCCCACAGGAACCCCCCCAGAGGGCAGGAGGUCGAGACAGGGCAUUCUGAAGGAGGGGACCAGCUUCCUCAGCCCCGGGAACUGGAAUGGAGAUCAGAGUAGCAGAGGUGGAAGCCGAGCAGGUAGCCGUCCAAACAGUAGGCCGAGCAGUCGAACCAGCAGUCAUCCAAACACUCCCUCUAACAUGCUUAUCCUUCCGGGAGACGAGAGGUCAGCCUCCAGUAGCAGAACUCCCUCCCAGACCUCAAGCAGGCACAGCAACAGCAACUACGAGACAGAGCUCAAACCCCUUCAGAAGUUUGACGCUCCAGAGCCUGUUCAGAGCUUCCACAGUUAUCCAGUAAGGACUAUGAUUGUAUAUCCAUCCGAGCAAGACGACCAGCCAAUCCCUUCCCCUAAAGUGCCUUCAAAGCCUGCAACCCCCGAACCAAAAAUCGAGAUUAAAGCCAGAGAGACAAAAUUGGAGAUUCACAAACCAGUGGCUGAACCACAGCAGGCAGCAGAGUCAGAACCAAAGCCUGAGGCCAAGCUGGUGCCAAUGGAAGAGUGCAAGCCAGCGCCCAAGGUGGAAUCCAAACAUUUAAUUAUGGCUAAAGCAGAACUUACUCCCCCGGCCAAACCCGAGCCAAAACCGGCACCUAAGCCUGAACCCAAACCAGUGGUUAAACUAGAACCUAAGCUAGUGGCUAAACCAGAAGCAAAGCCAGUGGCAAAACCAGAGUACAAGGCUAUAGCCAAGUCUGAAGCAAAGCCAAUGGCCAAGCCAGCUGCAAAGACUGAGCCUCAGUCAAAGGCUGAACACAAAUCUAAGACUGUCGCCAAGGCCCAUUCUGAAGUAAAGGAGUUGAUGGAUAUCGAUCAGGGACCCAACACUAUCGUGAUCUGCAUGGUCAUACUGCUGAACAUCGGUUUGGCCAUUCUCUUUGUACAAUUCCUAACAUGAGACACAGGGAAUCAGAGAGAUGAAUGAUGCCUUUCCGCAGUUGUGUGCAUUGAUGACGGUAGCCUUCCCUUUAAGGAAGCACACGGAAGGAGAAGAAUACCUUAGAAAGUCACUCAUCUGACUGCACCUUAAGACUGAUACUUUGGGAUUUUUAUUUUUUACUUCAGUAGCCUGUGUGAUGAAUUUGUUCAUCCGAGAAGAUUGGAUGGAUAUUUUAGAAAGUCAUUUAAAACUAUCAGCUGCCUUACCAUUGUGACAACCAAAGUAUAAAGACACUCAUCUGCCAGUGAGACUGGGUGCAACACAACAAACAAGCAAACAAGCAAACAAGCAAACAAACAAACAAACCAAAAUGGGUUGAAAACUUCUUAUUUCUUGCAUAUGAAAAAUCCCUUUAAUGACUGGUUAGGUUUCUACUAAGAAUGGGUAUUCGUGUAUGUGAAAAGGAGAAAGACAGAAUGCAUAUUGUAUAAAACAAGGUUUACAAUCAAAACCAAACAAAAUGAUAGAUUUUAGUUAUUUAUUGGUAUUGUUUUAGGGUAU